AUGUCUGGCUUGGCGUUGCGUGAAUUGUGCGUGAAAAGUAACCAGCUGAUACCAAACAUUCGUACAUCAGCAGGCAUGAAACCCACCAACAGCAUGCCAACGCACCGGCGGCGGCAGCAGCAGCAGCAGCAGCAGCAAUCCAGCAGCGCGACUGAGACUGAGACAUCCCAUAUACCCGCCAAAACCAUCACGACGUCGUUUCUCAUUUCCAAUCUUCACUGUCCCUCGUGUGUCUCGACUAUCAAAGACGUUCUCCUUGGCGAGCCAUCAACCCGCUCACAUAUCCGAUGGGUUUCGCCCAACGUAGUCACUUCGGUCGUCACCGUGGAACACGACUCGGGCUCUUCAGACAACAACUCAGCCGCAUCCGCAACAUCCGUCAUCAAAGACAUGCACCGCGCCUUGGAAGACAGUGGCUUCGAGGUCAGCGGUGUAACAACGACGGCUACUGUUAGUGACCAUGACAAUGACAACGACGACAACGGCGGCUUCCUGGUUCGGGAUCUCGGCAUCCAAGCUGAAGGCGAAUCUUCCACCUUCUCACGAUGGGUCACCACCGCUUCACGACGUACUAAUAGCCCCUUUGGGUCUCAGAAGCGGGCUGAAACACAUUUUCAGAACUGCGCGCAGUGUCGUACAUCGAAAGCGACAACGGGUCACAAAGUACAAGAAAAGACAAGUGAAAAGGAAAAGGAAACUCCGGUAUCAGCAGUCAGGGGUAUUCACGCACCUCCAGAUUUGUUGACAGCUCGGCCAAAGAACAUGGCAUCAACCUCAACCAAAAAGUCCUUCUCAACCGACACCGUGGUGGAUCUUGGAGGAAGAGUUCCAUCCUCUCAACAACCACCAUUGUACAGGGUAACAGUAGCCAUCGGCGGCAUGACCUGCGCAGCCUGCGUCAACACCAUCACCAACGAACUGAACAAGAAAGACUGGAUCGCCCACGUCUCCGUCAACCUGAUCAACAACAGCGCUGCCAUCGACAUUCACGACGAAAGCAGGGCGACCGAGCUGAUCGAAGCCAUCGAGGACCUAGGCUAUGACGUGAGAUUCGACAAGGUCGUUGCCCUCUCCGACCCGUCAAAGCCACCACCAAAGCCAAAAGCCGGCCGCGAAAUCUUAUCAGAUGCAUGGCGGGCGACCGUGUCCAUUGGCGGGAUGACAUGCGCGUCUUGUGCCAACUCCAUCACCAACGAGAUGAAGAAGCGGGACUGGGUGCAAGACAUCACGGUCAACCUUCUCACCAACAGCGCGACUGUUGAGUUCGCUGGCAGAGAAAACGCCGACAAGCUGGUAGGAGAGAUUGAGGAUCUCGGGUUCGAAGCGACGCUCAACGAGGAGACCUUGGUCAACGUCGCCAUCCACGAAGGGGGGCCGAACCCGGAGGAGGAACAGCAGCAAAGAAGAGAAGUCGAGAUUCGCAUCCAGGGCCUGUACUGCGAACACUGCCCCUCACGAGUCUCGGCCAGUCUGGCAGGCUUCCGCAGACAGCUGGACGUAAUCAGCCAGCCAAGUCAUAAGAGACCGAUCGUCAAGAUAGUGUAUGUCCCUGACGCUCCCGAGUUCACGAUCCGGCACAUCCUCAAAGCGAUUGAGGCGAGUGACCCGGCUUUCAAAGCAUCCAUCUACCACCCUCCUUCCCUCGAGGAACAGUCCAAGGCCAUCCAGCGCCACCACCAACUACAAAUCCUCUGGCGCGUCAUUUUUUCUUUUGUUGUCGCGAUCCCAACCUUCAUCAUCGGCAUCGUCUACAUGACCCUGGUGAAGGCCUCCUCCGGCAACAAGUCUCGCGAGUUCCUGAUGAAACCAUGGACGUCCGGCAUCUCGCGCGCGCAGAUCGCCCUAUUCAUCAUGGCCACACCCGUCUACUUGUUUGCCGCCGACAUCUUCCAUAAGCGCGCCUACAAGGAGAUCAGGACGCUGUGGCGACGAUCCAGUCGCGUCCCUCUGCUCCAGCGCUUCUACCGCUUCGGCAGCAUGAACACGCUCAUGUCCCUGGGCACGACCAUCGCUUACGUCUCGUCCGUUUGCCAGAUGAUCGCGGCGGGAGCGCAGAAGGUGCACAUGGUUGAUGAUGCCAACUUUUACUUUGACUCGGUCGUGUUUCUCACUUUAUUCUUGCUCGUGGGCCGAUUGAUUGAGUCGUACAGCAAGUCGCGUACGGGAGACGCGGUGGAGAUGCUGGGGAAGCUGCGCCCGACCACGGCGAUCCUGGUGGAAGGAUACGGCACCGAGAAAGAGCGGGAUGAAGUGGUACAGGCAGACUCGUUGGACUACGGCGACGUUGUGCGCAUUCCACAUGGCGCCUCCCCGCCGGCAGAUGGAAUAGUUGUUCGCGGCGAAGGCAGUUUGGACGAGUCGAGUCUGACUGGCGAGUCCAGGCCGGUCAAGAAGGUCGUCGGCGAUGAGGUGUAUACGGGCACCGUCAACAAGGACGCACCGCUUUUGGUCCGGGUCACUGGCGUUGCUGGCAAGUCGAUGCUGGACGAGGUCGUAAAGGCGGUCCGCGAAGGCCAAACCAGACGCGCUCCCAUUGAGCAAGUGGCGGAUAUCUUGACGGCCUAUUUCGUUCCCGUGGUCAUUGCCAUUGCGGUUGCCACUUGGAUCAUCUGGCUUGCUGUUGGAUAUAGUGGUCAUGUGUCAAACGACUUGCUUGGAGACACCAAGGGCGGUUGGGUUGUCUUUGCGUUGCAGUUCGCCAUUUCCGUCUUUGUGGUGGCUUGUCCCUGCGGCCUGGCGCUGGCUGCCCCAACGGCCAUCUUUGUUGGUGGUGGAAUCGCGGCAAAACAUGGAAUCUUGGCCAAGGGAGGAGGUGAAGCGUUUGAGAAGGCUAGUAGGGUCGACUGCGUCGUUUUCGACAAGACUGGCACUUUGACGAUGGGAGGAGAGCCCAAGAUCACGGAAUCGGAAGUUUUCCAUGAUGCAGAAGAUGAUGAAGCUGGCAUCGUGUUUGCGGCACUGAAGGCAGUCGAAGAGAACAGCAGUCAUCCGAUAGCGAAAGCCAUCGUCGCUUUCUGUGCGGCAAAGACGUCGGCCAAAGUCCAAGUCGAGGACUUGCAGGAGAUUGCUGGCAAGGGGAUGAAGGCCAGGUGUAUAGGUGUGGACUCACAAAAUGACUUUGAUCUCAUUGUCGGUAACGAAUCCCUGAUGGAGGACUUUUCCGUUACCGUGUCGAAUGAGACUGUCCAGACGCUGCAGAAGUGGAAAAGUGAAGCCAAGUCCGUUGCUUUGGUUGCCAUACGGCGACACCAGAGCGUUGAUCCCAACGGAUGGCUCCUUGCUGUUACCCUAGCAAUUUCCGAUCCCAUUCGCCCCGAAGCACCACUCAUUGUCAACGCGCUUCAGUCCCGAGGCACGCGCGUGUGGAUGCUGUCCGGUGAUAACCCCGUUACGGCAGCCGCGGUCGCACACCAACUCGGCAUUCCCGCUGACCAGGUCAUCGCCGGAGUGCUCCCUACCGGAAAGGCCGAUAAGAUUAGGUAUUUGCAAGGAACAGAGAAGGCGCGCGUUGGCAAGGGCAGCGAAUCCAGUACCCGUCGUGCGUUGGUGGCCAUGGUUGGCGAUGGUAUCAAUGACAGUCCAGCGCUGGCAACAGCAGAUAUCGGCAUUGCCAUCGGAUCCGGGGCAGACAUUGCCAUUAGCAGCGCGGACUUUGUGCUCAUCAACAGCGACCUGCGCGGGGUGGUGACGCUCCUCGAUCUCUCGUCCACGGUCUUCCAGAGGAUCAAAUUCAACUUUGGGUGGGCGGUGGUGUACAACUGCAUCGCAGUUCCUGUGGCGGCGGGCGCCUUCUAUCCCAUUGUCAGUAAUGGGCACCAUGUCAAAUUGAAUCCGGUGUGGGCUAGUUUGGCCAUGGCGUUGAGCAGUAUUAGCGUGGUGUUGAGCUCAUUGGCUUUACGGAGCAGAGUGGUUGGGAUUGGAUUCCGGGCGAGGAAGAUUGGAGAGGAAUAGAAAGAGGCGAGUGGAAAAGAACAUGUUUGAAGGAGGAGAUAGGUCCAAUAUGAACAGCGAGUAACGAGCAUGCAUACAUUUUGUCGGUCGAUUGUUU